AGUGUUGGAAAUGGCCUGACAUACACCAAAGGUAAAUUGGCAGCUAAAAACGCGAAUUAGAAUAACAUGAUGGACGAGCAGCUAAUUGACGAGGUGGCGCAGCACGGGGUGAUCUACAACCGGCAGAAGUAUUACCUGAACGGCGGCGCCAAUGGCGGCAAGUACGAGACGAAGGAUGAGGCCUGGCAGCUGAUUGCGAUGAAGCUGCGGACGGACGUGGACACGUGCAAGAAGCGCUGGAAGUACCUGCGCGAACGCUACGUCUCACAGCGGAAGCAGGGCGAUCCGCCCGUCUACGAACACCUGUCGCGCCCAUACCUGGAGAAGAUGAAGUUCCUGGACCAGCACAUACAGCCACGCAAGUCGUACCGCCAUGUGCCGAACUUCCUAACGUCUCCGCAGUCGGCCAACAGCUCUAGCUAUAACGAAUACCAGGUGGACAAGUCGAAUGGCUCCAUGAAAAACGUGGCACAGUUUGGCAGCUCGGGUCAGAGCCAUCACUACCACCAGCCGGAUCAGCAGCACGCCAUGAGUGCUCUAAGCACCGCCGCAGCUUCGGCGCUGGAAAACGUCAAUGGCCAGGUGAAGAUCGAGGCGGAUCAGGUCUUCAGGGACUUUGCGGCAGCCGUCGCCUCACAGCAGCUGCAGCACAUCUCACAGUCACAAAUACAGCAACAGGCGGCGGCCGUAGCGGCUGUGAUGGCCGACUCCUCGCAGGGCUACCAGGAUCAGUACAAAGAUGGCUCCGUGGGCGUAAACGGGGCCCAGAACAGCGCCGGCAGCCUGACCUCAACCUCGUCCUCGAUGAAAUCACCACUCUCAUCUCCGCUGCAAGGAAUCGGAGCGGGCACACAUCAUCCUCAGCAGCAUCAACAACAGCAACAACACCAACAGCAGGCGGCUCAGCAACAGUCACCGGCAUCUGGUCAGCAGCUUCCGGUGGUACAUUCCUCUUCCAACGCCGUAGGCGCUUCCAUCAGCAACAAUUCGAACCUGCAAAUGCAACAGCCACACGUCUACAACCCUAAGGGCGACGAUUUGGAUUCGUCGGCAUCAAGCAAUUUCCACAUGAAAAAACCCCGUGUUCAGCUCAAUGGCAGUGCUCACAACCAGAUGACCAGCAAUGGCAGCCACUUUGGCAACGAUUCGGAUGACGAUUCCGACGACAAUAGCCAUGAUCUGCUCGAGCCGCAGGUAUUGAUGCAGCAGGAGAACCACUACAGUAAUUCUAUGCCCAUGCAGCGGGGCAAUGGAAAUGGAAAUAACACCAGCAGUAAUAGCGGGAGCAACAAUACCAGCGGUGGCAAUAACAUCCAUAACAAUCAGCAGCAACAACAGCACCAGAACAUGUUUCCGUCAAACACGGACUUCCUAUUCCAGUUGUACCAGCAGUUUCCACACCAGGCCAGCGGUUCACACCCCUCAAACUUCGGGAAAUUCCAGGCGCCGCCCAAUCAUCCGGGCGUGCAGCGAUUAUCGGAGCAUCUGCUUGGAGAGUUGGUCACCACAGAGCUUCUCAAGAUGAACAAGGAGCGCAAGAAGAGUGCACAAAAGCGAAUACUAGAAAUACUAUUCUUCGACGACUAAAGGUCUAGACACUAAGUUCUGUAAAUAAUGUAAUCUAUAAUCCGUAACUUAUGUUAGCUGAUAGACGUCCUAUGGUUCAGCCAGAUUAUUGGGUUGCGUUGGUCCCAAGAUCCCACCAAGAAGGCAUUUGCAAAGCUGUCCUCUCAAACACUAUUCAACUGUGCUAGUCAAGGCCAGCAAUCAGAACAAUUGGGAUUCCCUAUCUGCAUUAAUUUAUAUAUUUACGUUUAAGAAGUAUUGAGUGGUUUUAAUUUAUUAAAAAGUGUUAACUAAA